AUGGCAUCGAAGGCAGCAUACUUCCAGGCUGAUGUUUUGGAGUGGCUUUUCACAAAUAAAGCCCUUUUAACUCGGCUUCGAAGGGAAAGAUAUGCGUUGGAGAAAGGUUUCCUGGGGUAUUUUUACGACUGCAGAGAUAUGAUGCGGGAAAUCAGAGGAACGGAAACGAAGGAUGCCGACAAAAAAUUGGAAACUGCUCAGGAAUCAACUGGAUCUCGUUCUAUGAAUCAGUUUUACGAGUCAGAAGAACUGGCUAAACGCAUGAAAUGGAAGCGCGUAACCUGGGAUGAUGAUGCUGACUAUACCGGUUUUUCACGUCGGCUUUUGGAAAAUGACGGCUUGUUGAAAAAUGUGCCGGCAUUUUCAUACCUGUCUAUUCACGUUACAAGUGAUCCUGCUUCUACACCGUUUGUGAACUUUCCAGUUGGUGAAAAAACUGUUGAAUUGGGGACCCUGACUAACUGGGUUCUUCAAGAACGAGAUCCCAUAUCUGUUGAUAAAUACUUACCUACUAAGAAAAAUAAACUGCGUGGGGCAUUUACUGUGGAUUGGACUGCUGGUGAAGUCAAGGUAAUUGACACAGCAUCUGUUCAAGAAAUUUUAACAUUUCUGCAUACAGUUGCACCACGUCUUCAGGCUGUUCAGAUUCACAUGGAAGAACAGCAGACAGCCUUAGUAGAUAAUGUUCAAAAUGCAAAGAUUCGUGUUGGAGCCGAGGUUAAGUUUAAUGACCAUGAUACUGCCUUUUGGGAUGACCCGAAGCGCAAGGGCAAUCCUGAUUACGUUACCCCUGACGACGUAGAAAAAUUUCUUAAGGGUCUGUUGGAUUCGGCUUUUCUCUAUCGUUGGUUUCUGAGGGGUCAAGGCCUGCGAGUUGUUCCGCCUGGUAAGCCCUACUUUAUUGAUCUCGAAAAGAGAGAAAUCCAAAUCCCCGCAAAUUUUGCAGAAUUUAAUUGGCGUGCCGCACAUAAGCGGUUUGAAAAAGUUGAACGCAUUUUUUCCACAAUGAGGACACUUUGGUGGUUAUGGUUUUCUCUAGCAAUGGUGAUAAUAGGAGACGUAGAAAUUUUUUGA